UUCACUAGAAACCAAUAACAAACUAAUUAACCGAGAUUUGAUUAGCAAAUUUCUGGUUAAUAACAAAUAAAGCAAAAACUGUUGAAUAAAGUUUUAUAGUGCACAAACAUUCUGCCAAUUUUUCGCUAACGAAUUGCCAAUAAAAAAGGGCUUUCAGACAGUUGCAAAAUUGCAAGGAGCAGAAAAGAGUUUAAAAAAAUCAACACCAGGGACAGAAACAACUGCAAGAUCAUUGUUAGCAGUAGUGAUAUUUCAAACACUAGCCUCAUUGUAAAUGUCAGAAUAACAGAACAGACAGUGACUACCUUUAAAAAAGAGAUAUUGUAAUCAGCAAGAACAGAAGGCAGUUGACACACUGACAUGGGUUUGCAGCAAUUUCUUAAUUAUCCACGGAUGGCCCUUUAAGUUUAACAGAUACAUUUGCCCCAAUGGACCGCGGCCAGAACGAAAAUCAUAAUCUCUCGCAGUCGGCGGGACGGCUGUCGGACAGCACCAGUUCCCUGAACAACCGAAUGGCUCCAGCAAAGUCCCCAUCCAGACAAAACACACUGCAAAAACAGACGUCGGUUCAGUCAAAUCAGUCUGAAAUAAAUGGCGAAAAAAGGAACGAUCCUCAUGGUAUCAAGUUUGAAAGGCUGAAAAAUCUUGAGGAAGAUGAAUUGAUGGCAAAGAUCAAGGAGAUCAUUGGUCACCUAGAGAAACUUGAAGACUAUCACCGUGGUGACGGGAUGCGUAUACAGAAAAUGCUCGGUGAUAUGUACUGGGAUUACACACAUCUACGAGAGAUGAUAGCGGACUGUAUGGCUGAAAAUGGUUAUGCAGUUGUAUCGAUGAAGAUGUUAAAAACCCUCAACAGUAUAGGUAUCUUCAAGAACGACGAUGUCUGGUUCCCAACAUAUUAUACAUAUAACACUAUGUGGAACUUCUCAGAUGCAAGCAGCAACCUGGCUCGGACUCUGUCGGAGAAUGAUGCAGUGCGAUUGCUAACAUUAAACUGCGGACACAAACCCUACAUUAAUGCCUUACAUAGUAAAAAUGUGUUUUAUGUUAUCAAAGCGUCCCUGAGUAUCCUGCACAACAUGGCCAGGAAUUCUGGGAUGAAACAUUUGUUUGAUGAAAACAAGACGUCCGAGACUAUAAUGCCUUUCAUGGACUCGGAGGACGAGAUGUUGAAAAUACUAGCCACACUAACUAUAGCAAAUAUUGUAGACGAAGAGGAAAACAAAACAGUCAUUGCAGAAACAGGGACUAUACACUGUAUGGUGAGUUGGAUUGAGAAAGCCAUAAGUUUACCAAGACGGCGAUUUAAGGGCUUCACACCGCAGGAGCUGACGGAGGGUCUCAAUAAAUUGGCUGUGAACGACAGUAACAAAAUGAGGAUUGUAGAAGAAAGUGCUCUGCCACUCUUUUUGUUGAUGUUACAACAUGACGAUGUACGUGAACAAAGUUCUGCUGGCAGGAUUAUCUGGACACUAUCUUUUGACAAAGAUGUACGACAAAAAUUGUUAGAAAACUCUGAUCUCAUUGCAACACUGGAAAAACUCACGGAAAGUACUAAUAAAAGUGUGCAGCAAAAUGCUAACGGAGCAUUGUGGAUAAUCAAGGGAGAGAAUGACAUAUCAAGAGAAAGUAAGCCAAAAGGAACUCCAACAAAAUCACACGUAUUCCUCAGUUACUCAUGGUCAGAUAAAGACACAGUAUUACAGAUCAGGGAUAAAUUACGGGCAGAAGGAUAUGCUAUAUGGAUUGAUAUUGAGAAAGGAUCCAGUGCUUCCCUGGAAGGGAUGGCAAACGCUAUAGAAAACUCCGCUGUAGUGCUCAUCUGUAUGUCCGAGAAGUAUAAACAGAAUCCAAACUGUAGGACAGAGUCAGAAUAUACAUUCCAACUGAAGAAAGACUACAUUCCACUCAUGUUACAGAAAAAAUACCGGCCUGACGGAUGGUUAGGGUUUAUAUUAGGGGCCAAAUUAUACUUCGACUUUAGCGGGAAAUAUCCGUUUGAUAAGUCUUUGACUGGACUUUUGAAGGAGUUAAGGGGUCGGGGACAAGUGACCCCUAAUACAACACCUGUAGGAAGUAAUGAAACGAGUGAUGGUGCCAUGGUAACAUCUCAAUCUCUGACCUCAUAUGCCAGUCCUGGGACCCCAGUGCCUUCCAAUUCCGUCUUAAUGUCGAUGGGCCAGGAGGAAUUAGUGAAAUGGCUUCGAGUUGUCAAACUUACAGAAUGUAUACCUGCCUUCCUUGAAUUUGAUGGAAAACUACUCAUGCAGCUUAAACAGAUGAGGACAGAGGCCCCAGAAUUCUUCUAUCAGUGUUUAGAGAAAAGACUGAACAUGUCGCUGAUUGAAAUACUCAAGUUUACUCGUGCACUUGAAGAACUUCAUUAGCACGGGAAAAUGGACAUAGUUCAACUAUAAACUUACUACUCAACUGUGGAGAGUGUUGCAGAGAAAUUGUUGAAAUAUUUUUAUUGGGAAUAUAGAAUACAGUAAUUUGUCUCUUUGGCACGCAACAGGAUUAACUACAAUGACAUUAAGAAGUAGUUUUUUUUUCUGCUGAAAUGACAAAUCAGUGUUUUUCAGCAGGUGUUUGAUAAGGUAAUAUGAAUUACUGAAAAGAAAUGGAGAAAAAUGAGACUUUAUGAUAGGGGAGAUAACUCAUAUUUGAAGAAUGCCCAGAAGGACCCUAGUCUUACAGCAAAUGGACCAGGACAAAGGGUUUUAAAAAGCUAAUGAAUAUAGUCCAGUUUGCAAAUAGCAGUUUUUUAUUUAAAGGGGCUUGCAUCAAGAUUUACGUUAUUUUUGUUUCAAAUUUUACAGAAGUGACUGUAAAUAAAAUCCUAAAACUAAUCUUUAUACAGUCAAGACUUCUGCUGAAGACCACCUCCCAGUAACAGUCACUGCUUUGAAACAAUGUGGCCUUUAUAAACAGGUUUCAUAGCAGUGACUGUUACCGGGGAGGUGGUUUUCAGCAGAGGUCUGACUGUAUAAAGAUUAGUUUUAGUGUGUGUAAAUUUACCUGUGUAUAGAGACCACCACUUCUGUCAACAAAGACCAUAUUUUUUUUUCGUUUUUACAAACAUGGUCUGUAAAACAAGUUUGAAUGUACAUAUGAAAGCACUCGCAUUACUUUUGACAUACGUAGAAAACCUAGGAAAGUGUUAAUCUUGCGUUAAAAAUUUGGUGUGAUAUAGCCAAAAUUUAGUGUGCUUAAUGUCAUACGAAGUACCAGCUUAUAUAAUAAUAUUUUUCAUCUUUAAUAUGCUCCUGACAUGAUUUUGAUUUGUUUGAAAAACUGCUACACUGUUAAUAUUCUUGGGGACUAAUUUUC